AUGGUCGAAGUCUAUAAUCCCAAUCCAACUAUUUUUGCUCCAACCAAAGCAUCCAGAGCCGCUCCUCUCUGGCUCCACGAUGCUGAAUCAGAUGCCAACGCCGAUGAAUCAGACGACGCGCCUGAACCCAUAGACAAUGAAGAAAUUUUUGACUUGAUUCGCUCGAUUGCCGACCCUGAACAUCCAAACACACUCGAAGAACUGCGUGUAGUGUCUGCACCCCAAAUAUCCAUUCAAGGCAAUCGUGUCCAUGUAGAAUUCACUCCAACCGUACCCCAUUGUGGCAUGUCGACCCUCAUCGGCCUCUCGAUCCGCGUCAGGCUUUUACGGGCCCUCCCCAGUCGAUUCAAAGUCGACAUCACUCUCAAGCCUGGCUCACACCAGAGCGAAUUAGCUGUUAACAAGCAACUCAAUGACAAGGAGCGCGUUGCUGCAGCAUUAGAAAACCCUGCUCUUGUCCAGACUGUAGAGCAUACGCUUGAGAACGCUUAUCGACGAGGACAGCCAACCAUGACGACGGGACAGGACAUGGUUCCACGACUGUAUCAAGAAGAGAUACUAGAGCGAGCACAACAAGAGAACAUCAUCGCUGCGCUCGAUACGGGAACUGGCAAGACCUUUAUAAGUCUUCUACUCAUCAAAUGGAUUUCCUCCACCCGCACGAAUGCGAAAACAGUCUUCCUCGUACCCAAAGCCGCCUUGGUCCAACAGCAAGCGGAAUUCAUUACAUCCAAAAGCGCCUUAAGAGUUGAUCGGCUCUGGGGAGCCAUGGCUGAUAUUCCCCUCUCCGACAAAGAGGCCUGGCAACGAAAACUCAGCCUCCAUGAUGUUGCCGUUAUGACUCCUCAAAUUUUGGUCAACCUCCUAACCCACGGAUUAUGGUCUAUGGAACAAAUCUCCCUCCUCAUCUUCGACGAAUGUCACCACACGCAGAAGAGCCAUCCUUAUAACGUAAUCAUGCGUGGAUACUUCCAGUUGUCUGACUCCGUCCGUCCCAAAAUCUUCGGCAUGACUGCAAGUCCUAUCUGGAAUAUCCGCGACGUCCUUGGCUCGAUGGCUGUUCUAGAGCGAUCUUUAGAUGCCGCGAUUGUGACCGUAUCCCGCCAUUUGAAGGAAAUGCAUGUCUAUACUCCCAAAGCUGUUGAGGAGGUAAAGCUCUAUAAGGUUCAGGUGGAUGCCAAUCUGACUUGGACACUGAUGGACUAUUUGGAUGUUUUUGUCACUUUGUUCGAUCAGCUCAGCAUCGACUGGGACUCCGUCCGAAGACGACAUCAUUCCACGCGCAACAACUUGGGCCUUCAUUGCGCUUCCUUAUGUGUCUAUCUCGAAGUGACUUGCGCGCUGCAAAAGGCCGACCUGAAAGAAUUGGUAUUCAUCGGAAUAGCGGACGAAGUUGCACAAGUCCAAUCUAUCUUGAACGAAUAUGUUUACCUCGUCGAACCCGGCUCGAUGUCGCUGACCCAUUGCUCCAACAAACUCUAUACUCUUGUCGACAUCCUGCUAGCCCAUAUGACGUCCGACUCAUAUGGGAUCGUCUUUGUUGAGCAACGGCAGACUGCCGCCUGUCUUGCCCAUCUGCUCCCUCUCAUUCCUGAACUGGUUGGUCUUGUCCGAUGUGGAGCGCUAUUGGGGCACAAGGAGGGGAACGAUUCGCUUCCAGUCAUAUUUGGCAGCAACUUGACUCCGCAGGAAACAAUACAGGCUUUUCGCGAGCGCCACAUCAACCUUGUUAUUGCAACGUCGGUCGCAGAUGAGGGUCUGGACUUCCCAGCUUGCAAUCUCGUCGUCCGAUUUGAUGCUAUGCAUCAUAUCAUAGACUAUGUUCAAUCUCGAGGACGAGCCCGAACGGAGGCAUCGACUUUUGUCGUAAUGGUCGAAGAGGGAAACAAGGCUGAACUCAACCGCUAUCAACUCUUCACUGAGAAGGAACCCACGUUGAAGCUACUCUACGAGGAAGACCGGGACACAGGCGCAAAUGACCCCAAUGAACUUACGCCCAGGGAAUCUUUUGCCAUUGGAUCAACUGGCGCUAUCCUUACGUACGAUAAUGCCGGUGCUAUCUUGAGCAAACUUUGCUCGCGUCUCCCACGGGACGUCGUUCACCAGCCUAAAUAUUCCGGCGACUUCGAAGUUACACUCGUGUUGCCCCCUUCCCUCUGUCUUCCGCGUGAAGAACUUUGCUACACCGGACCGGCAAAGAAGUCAAAACGAGAAGCCAAGCGUGCUGUCGCGUUUGCUGCAGUCAAGCGUUUGUUUGAGCUUGGGGUAUUAGAUGAACGCCUCCUCCCUUGCCCGAAGACUGUCGUAGAUGAUGCUGCAGUGGUGGCCCAAGUCGAACAAAUUCCAAAGAUGAUGGGGGUGCUAGUAAAAGACCCGUGGACCACGACUCACUCUGAUGAGCUGUGGAUCCACACAAUCAAAAUCGCGGAGCAAUGCGUCGCAGGGCUAAUUACUGGAACGCGACUUGUGCCUGCAAAAUUGAAGAGCAUAUUUUCAUUGGAAGGCCAGCGUCUCAACUUCAACAUGUCACCCUCUGAUGCGCGAGAACUAUUGUAUCGCUACACCAAAGAAUGCAUCUGGACCAGAAUAUCCAGCAGCCCCAUAGCCCACCCUCUCAACUUCUACAUCGUCCCGGUUCUUGAUUCCCAGCCUGAUUGGGCGGCUAUCCAUCAGUUUCUCGCACCUCCGAAUCCAGAUAUCGAAAAGACUUGGCAACACAUCAGUGAGAGUCACUAUGGUCGAAUUCUCGUACGCAAUGUCAAUCUCACAGGUCAUAUAUUCCUGUUGCGAAGCAUUCGACGCGACCUCUCUCCCAUGUCGACACCUCCUGCGGAUGCAGUUGAGGCGGGAUUCCCAACUUAUCGCGAAUAUUGGACCCAGAAGUGGACAGGAAGACAGGAUACACGUAACUACGGACCUUUCGUGCCUCUAGACGGCCCAUUGCUCGAAUUAAUUCCCGUGUCUCGAUUGACCCCGCCAGAUCUUUCAGCCCGGCCUGUGCUAUACCCUCUGGGCUGUUGUCGCAUAAUCGAUAUACCGCAUGGUUUGCAAGACGUGUUACUUGUGUUGCCGGCCCUUUAUCGUCGGUUGACAUCCGUUUACCGCGCCGGCCAACUGCGCAAGUCUCUUUCCUUGCCUCCGAUCUCCGACAACAUUCUUGUUGAAGCACUGACAAUCCCUUCGGCAAAUGUCGACUAUUCAAACCAGCGCCUCGAGACUCUCGGUGAUGCCGUGCUGCAGCUCUGCACAAGUGUUCAUGUAUUCAACCAGCUUCCUUUUGCCAAUGAGGGGGAACUGUCCAAAGGGCGACAAAAUUGCGUAUCCAACCGUUUCUUACUCUACCGCGGAAAAGAGAUCGGCAUUGAAUCUUUCCUCAUCUGCGAGACAAUGGGAAUGAAAUUAUGGCUCUCGGACAUCCAAAGGAACCCCAGCGACAGUCACGGUGAGAGAUGUGUUGCAAGGGAACUGCCAAGACGCAGUCUACAAGAGACCAUGGAGUCGAUUUUGGGAGCGAGCUACAUAACUGGGGGAAUCGACAUGGCGCUGGCUACUGGCCAGGCGUUAGGCAUGAAUUUAGGUGGCGCUGUACCGUGGCAGGUUCGAUAUGCGAAAGCGAACUCGCCUGUACCUGAUAUGUUUUACGACUUGCAAGAACGUCUCGGAUAUUCAUUCAACUCUGGUGUUUUACUUCUCGAGGCGCUCACCCAUCCGUCUUUCGACAACCAAGCAACCAAUUCGUAUCAACGGCUGGAAUUCUUGGGGGAUGCAGUCAUUUACCUAGUGGUGAUGGACUAUAUGUAUCGAACCUUUCCUGACUCCACGCCUGAUCAGCUGGCGUGGCCGCGAACGAGAGCAGUUGCGGCACCUGCCCAGGCCAUGCUUGCUAUCAAGCGUUUGAAACUCGACAAGCUCCUCCUUGCAAAUAACGUAGCAUUGAGCAAGGAAAUCGAUGACUGGGUUCCUCGACUAGCAAACUGUAGUGGAGAGGAGAUUAUAAAAUGCGGGUGGAAAUACGACCCUCCUAAGGCUCUCAGCGACGUGUUCGAGAGUGUGAUUGGCGCGGUUCUCGUGGAUUCGCAUUAUGACUGGGAUAAAACAAGUGCAGUUGUGGAGUAUUGCAUGGAAGAAGUACUCCCAGUUCUGGGACCCUUUGUUCCCCGAGAUCCCGUCACAGAACUACUGGAAUGGGCGGCAAAGGCUGGUUGUCGCAUUGAUAAGCACAUCGACUUUCGCAAAUCCGCUGAAGGAGUCAGCGUCUGGGCGCAUAACGUAUACGUGUGUGGUCCGAUUGAAGGGACAGGCUCUGUAGCAAAGCAGCUGGCAGCCGUUGAUGCCUUGCCGUUGUUGAAGAACUGCUUGGAAAAUGUUUGCAAUUGUACUCGUAACGCGUCAUGA